AUGGCAUCAUUUCUAGAUGAUGUAUCCGAACCACCACUACUCGAUGAGCCCGAAUUCAUAUUUCUUGUUGACUCACUUUUUGAAACCACUCAUGCAAUCACUCGUCAAAAUGCAGCAAAUGCCAUAAGAGAGCGCAAACACCAAGUGUUCAAGGAUUUCAUUGCCACCUUCAGAGCGCAGUAUGGUCUUAAUAUUUACCCUAGUGCUCAGCUCAUUUUCCCUGAGUGGGCAGGCCGGAAGUAUUUCAUAAAGGAGACGGCCUUGGCACGAUUGAUCAUCAAGAUGUUCACAAUCCCCAAAACUCUGGAUCAGUAUCAUGAGUUGAAUAAUUGGAAAAGAAAUUAUCACGUCGAGAGGCGGAUAACGGCUGACACGAAGGCACUCCGAGAUCUUCCAACAAGAUGCGCUCACAUCAUUAUGACUCGCCGCCCAUUACGACGACUGUUUACACGUUUUACAGUCAACGAGGUGAAUCAAGUUUUGGACGCUUUGGAGACUGUUGAUCAAACAGAGCAAAUUAAUUUAUUGCGUCCCAUAUUCGAACAAGCCCUGAUUCCUGAGGUACGUUGGAUAUGUCAUAUUAUUCUCAAGAAGCCAAUUUUAGUCAAUUAUGAGAUGGCAUUCAUGCUGUUUUGGCAUCCAGAUGCACCAGGUCUCUUCAAAGUGUGCAAUGAUUUGCAAAAGACACUUAAUUACUUGAUCGACCCCACUAAAAGACUCGACAAAGCCCAACUCACCCUUCAGGCGAGAUUCAAAUUCCGACCCCAACUUGCACACAAAUUGUCAGACACAUACACGGAUGUGGUCACGAAGUUGACUAAAUUUGAACCAAUGACUGAGAGUUGGGAGGCUAACCUUGAUAAUUUGGGGUUGCGAGGUAAGUUUUACAUUGAAGAAAAGAUGGAUGGUGACCGUAUGAUUCUUCAUAAAAAAGGCGAUCAAUUCAAAUUCUACUCCAGAAGACUAAAAGACUACACUUUCUUGUAUGGCGAAACCUAUCAGAUAGGUUCCCUCACUCGACAUUUACAAGAUGUGUUCAGGGAUCAAGACAAGGAUAUUAUAUUGGAUGGUGAGAUGGUCGCUUGGGACUUCAAACGUCAAAUAAUUUUACCAUUCGGGACACUCAAAUCUCUGGCAAUUCAAGAACUGGUUCGACAAUUUAUGACGAUUGACCGAUAUGAAGAGCAGAACCUGUGGCCAUAUUACCUUGUCUUUGAUAUUUUGAAGUUUGGUGACUUGGAUUUAACUAACUUUCCCAUGUUCUUUCGUCGGCAAUUACUUGAGAGGGUUAUAAACGAUUGUCCCCACAGACUAGAGAAACUCCCACUCCACGUGGCACUGACCAAAACAGACAUCGAGGAUGCAAUGAAGGAUGUGAUUGCGAAUCGCGGUGAAGGUUUACUUUUGAAACACGUUCAGCUGAAAUAUUUCGUUGACUAUCGAAAUCCUCAAUGGUUCAAAGUGAAGCCUGAAUAUCUCGAAAAUUUCGGUCAUAACUUGGAUCUAGUUGUGAUAGGCAAAGAUGAAGGGGUUAAAAAUUCCUACAUGUGUGGCUUACUAGAUCCAACUCUACGCCAAUGGCUAUCAUUCUGUCUGGUUGCCAAUGGAUUCACAGAAGCGGAGUAUACUUUGAUAGAAACAAGACUCGCUGGGCGUUGGCGUGACUUCAAAAAGAACCCGCCCGAUCCUGAAUUGAUGCGGUUCGGAAAGCGGAAACCACAGAAGUGGAUCGAUCCCACUGAGCUGGUUGUGCUAGAGGUCCGGGCAAGAGCAGUCAAUAAUGGGGAAGAGCUGAUAUACGCGGUGGGCAGCUCUUUGCACGGACUGUAUUGUCGGCAGCUUCGAGAUGAUAAACUGUGGCAUGACGCUGAUAACUUAUCCGAUUAUCUUCGAUCUCGAUUAACGUUAGAUCUUAGACUUGAUGGUGCACAAGGCGCCGUCAAGUCUAAAAGAUGGCAAGGAGAGGACUCAUUUCAGGAAUCUAAGGAGAUAUCUUGGAAUCCUAAAAGAAUAAGAAAGGGAAUUUUCACCCUGAUGGAAUUCUUGGUGACCACAGGGUAUAAAGACAAAUCCCGUAGACAGAUGAUCGACGUCAUUGAAGAAAACGGCGGCAAGGUGGUUUUGUCCAUGAAUGCGGAUCAGCAAACUGUCAUUCUUGCAGAGACAAUGGUCCCUGAGACAAAGGGUUACCAUGAAAAUCUAGGCUUAGAUAUCGUCAGUCCUCGUUGGGUGUUGGAAUGCAUAUCACGCAAUCGUUUACUUCAAUUGGAACCCUCAGUUGUCCUCAAACUGCACCAUGAGUUCCUUGGAGCAGACCCCGUUGGUGAUAGCUACUUGCUUCCGGUGGAUUGGGAUCAAAUUCAUUUGAAUGUCAAGCCGGAACUGCAGCCGAAAAUGACUGAUAACCUUAGCCCCUUAUUGUUGAAUCUAUUUACCACUGCUACAUUUUAUUUCGUAUAUUCUGAUGAUGUUGAGGGUUGGCUAGCGGGUCAACGAGUCAAACGGUUUGGCGGGUCAGUCGUCGAAGAUUUUCGACGUGCAAUGUAUAUUGUUGUUGAUGAGAAAAAUCGCCUGAUUUUACGAGACUCCGUGGAUUCAAUUACCAAAGCAUUAGCAGUGAAUUACACUGAAUCCACGAAGCUUCCAGCUAUCGUCAACAGCGAAUUUGUCAACCGAAGUAUCGCAGAGGAAGCCAUCGUCGACCCUCAAGACUACAAGUUCGUGUAA